AUGGAUGAGUUCAUGGAUGUGCUUUUUGGCAAUCCUCCUGCUCCAGCACCACCUCUAGCUCGAGCACCAUGUCCCGCCUCUCGCACUCUAGCCGACCGAGUUACCGUCCUUGAGACAGCUAUGACUGGUCUUCGGCGCCACAUCACCAGACCUCCUCUGCUCCGUGUUCCUGCUGACUCCGCCAUUGACUGCGGGAGGAGCAGCCGAGCAGGGGCGACCGCCUUGCCUUGCCCGCUGCGCCAACCACUGCCGUUCCGUGCUGUUCCAACAACCGCUUGCUAUUUACAGAGCCUGAUCUUCCGCGCGCCUUCGCUGCAGCAGUGCUUCGGAGACAUGGCGGAGGAUUUCCAGCUUCCUUCCGAGCUCCUAGACGACGGAUUCUUCAACGCGUUCUUCGCCGACCGAGAGGGGAAUCUUGAGGAAGAGAAAGAGGAUGAUUUGUCCGGCCGCAAUCGGCAGAUGCAGAACGACAAGCUGAGGCCGCAGGCGAGGGAUCUACUCAACGGGGCCGCAGGAAAGCAGGCGGCGCUGUUCGAGCUUGACGAUGCGGAGCGUCGACGGCAAAGUCAUCACGAGCGUUGGCUUCUGAACCUUCAGAUCCUUCGCCUGAAGCAGAAACAGUUACUGCAGCAGCAACCAUAUGCAGCGAGAACAGGAAUCAGCUACGGGGACAGUAGCUCUGUUGGCUUGCCUCCUCUGUCGAGGACUCCAUUUCUACUCCAGCAUCAGCCCCAUUCCGCAUGUGCAGCGAGAUCAGUUUUCCUUUGCCGCUCCGGUGCGCGAAAACAGUCCGCCGGUACCGGCGUCUUCCUGCCACGGACGACCAUGAGCAAGGCCGACCCCCAAAAGAAGUCAUCUGCAGCUAGUUCAACUGUGCAGACUCCGGCGAGAGAUAACACGACUCUCCCCAGUGGAUUUGCCAAUCAAAAUGAUACAUUUACCGGAAGAGCAGUAGACGCUGUGAGGACCCACAGUCAUCUCCAACCUGCAGCCAUUAGGACUCCAAUGAGCUACCUUCCCCGGAAGUGGAACUAACCAACUCACUCACUCACUCCUUUAGUGGAACAGGCAGAAGAAUUCCUUGUGUAUUUGUUUCUGAAGAUGGUCAAGUGCUUGUUGGGAUGGAUACAAUGUCGCCAUGAUGGUCAUUCUGAUUUGUGCACAGUUAACAAUAGUUUAUCUAUUCACUUGUAGUUCCAAUAUUGAAUCACACAGUUAAUCUUGUAUGAACA